GUAAGGGUAGGCAAUUUUAUCAUGUGCACCGGUCAGUUAAGGAAGAGGUGGGGAGUAUGGGAUGUAGGAGAGAGGAUGUUGUGUGGAGCAGACCAAGGUAUGGGCAUACAGGUUUGAAUGCCACAUUGUGGAUGAUAGAGAGACAUGAAACAGGUCUGUGUGAUGAUUGUUCAGUGGAGGAAAUGGUGGAACAUGUGUUGAUAUUUUGUGAACUGUAUGACUUAGAAGUGGCUCUAUUUCACUUUCUUAGAGGAACAGGACUGAAAAGAAUUCAAUGUAGGUAUGACGUCACUGGCCUCACACUCCAGUACAGUAGUUGGCAGUGUAUGCACCUUUAAAAUUGGAUGCGAGCCGCCAACCCAAUCUCAAAGAAGAAGGUGUCGAUGACAGGCAAGCAGUAGUUUACCUGGCUUGUUCUUUUGGGCAGCUGGCACACACCGCAGCAGUCGACCUGAGAAUGGUUUGAUUCACACUUCUUCAGUCGUUAGCUACUAGGUCUGAGGCACAGCAGAGCCUCUCAUCCUCAAGCCUUCGGAUGUCUAGCCAUGUGUGUGGCCGCAUCCUUGUGCGAGCUGCAAGCAGCACCCUCAGCCCUCUCUCUCCCCAGUGGCCCAGUCUGACCCAGCGAGCACGCCUCUCCUGGGGCUGCUCUGUGUCUGGUGCUAGGUGUAGGUCUGGGGCCACCAUGCGCUUCCUCUCCACCCGUCAGGACCUGGACUUCCAUCUGAGCCGUGUCCAGAUCAGCAGCAUCCUGCGAGCCAACGAGCAGGCUGUGAGCAUCCCUGAGUUUGAUGGCCGGGGUCUCAGUGCUGUGAGGAAGUUUGAAAGCAACCAGCUGGCAGCUAACACCCCCAACGAGGACCGCCGCAGCGCCGCCACCUGCCUACAGACUAAGGGCAUGCUGUUCGGGGUAUUUGAUGGUCAUGGUGGCUGGGCGUGUGCCCAGGCGGUCAGUGAGCGUCUGCUGUACUACGUGGCGGUGGCCAUGAUGUCCCAGAAAGGACUGGAGGAGCUGGAACACUGCAUGGAGCAGAGCAGGCCUGUCCCUCCCAUCCUACAGUGGUACAAAAACCACGGAGACUACAACUACAGAGAGUCAGCCUCGCUCUACGUAGAACACCUCCGGGUCUUCUGGCAGGAGCUUCUGGACAGCGAGGAGCACGGCGACGGAAUGAGUCCUCCUGAUGCUCUGUAUUAUGCCUUUAAGCGUCUGGACACAGACAUCUCUCUGGAGGCCCAGGUCCCACACUCUAGUGACCUGAUAAGGAGUACUGCCAUACAGGUGGCGUUUGCUGGCUCCACAGCCUGUGUUGCCCACGUGGGCACUGAGGGGAUCCAUGUGGCGAAUGCAGGUGACAGCCGUGCAGUGCUGGGGGUGCAGGAGGAGGACGGGUCGUGGAGCGCCUUACCCCUGUCCCAGGACCACAACGCACAAAACGAGGCUGAGCUGGAGAGGCUUCGAGCCCAGCACCCCCCCUCGGAGAGGGACACGGUGGUCACUGACAACAGGCUGCUGGGGAUCCUGAUGCCUCUGCGUUCGUUUGGAGACGUAAGGUUCAAGUGGAGCCUUGAGCUGCAGCAGAGUGUUCUAGAAAGCCUGGAGUCUGGAAUAGAACUGGACUUCCUUAACCUCUACCAGUACACUCCGCCCAACUACCUGAGCCCGCCCUACCUGGACGUGGCGCCGCAGCUGACCUAUCACAGCCUCCGACCGCAGGACCGCUUCCUGAUCCUGGGCUCUGACGGGCUGUGGGACGAGAUGAGCUCUGAGGAGGCGGUUCGGCUGGUGGGCGAACACCUGAGUGGGAUUCAUCUACAGGCUCCAGUCUCCCCCACUGAGAGACAGUUGAACCUGGGCCAGAUGCAAGAGCUGCUGUGGAAACGCCGUGCCCUUGCCAUGCCCACCCUGGACCCCAAUGCUACCACACACCUCAUCAGACAUGCCCUGGGCACCGGGCAGUAUGGAGAGCUCUGCCAGGAGAAACUGGCAUCUAUGUUGGCUCUGCCUGAGGACCUGGCACGCAUGUACAGAGACGAUAUCACAGCUACUGUGGUUUAUCUGAACUCUGACCUGGUCAGACAACACAGGUAAUGCAGAUGGGGACACACAAACAUAAUAUUUUUACAGUAAAGAUGGUCUACUUCAACUCAGGCUUGGUCACAUAACACACACACAUUUCUUGACAGUUGUUUAAUUUACCCUACGGUGAAAACAUUUGCUGCGUACUUAGGCCUAAUGCUCAAAUACUGCUCGCAGAGAACUGAGUGGCAUUGUAUUAGUGUUUUUCAGAUGGUUAAAUAAACUCAGAAAAAAACGUCUUCACUAGUCAACUGCGUUUAUUUUCAGUAAAGUUAACGUGUAAAUAUUUGUAUGAACAUAACAAGAUUCAGCAACUGGGACAAACUGAACAAGUGACUAACAGAAAUGGAAUGUGUCACUGAACAAAAGUAACAGUCAGUAUCUGGUGUGGCCACCAGCUGCAUUAAGUACUGCAGUGCAUCUCCUCCUCAUGGACUGCACCAGAUUUGCCAGUUCUUGCUGUGAGAUGUUACCCCGCUGUUCCACCAAGGCACCUGCAAGUUCCUGGACAUUUCUGGGGGGGAAUGUCCCUAGCUCUCACCCGCCGAUCCAACAGGUCCCAGACGUGCUCAAUGGGAUUUAGAGCCGGGCUCUUCGCUGGCCAUGGCAGAAGACUGACAUUCCUUUCUUGCAGGAAAUCACGCACAGAAUGAGCAGUAUGGCUGGUGACAUUGUCAUGCUGGAGGGUCAUGUCAGAAUGAGCCUGCAGGAAGGGUACCACAAGAGGGAGGAGGAUGUCUUUCCUGUAACGCACAGCUUUGAGAUUGCAUGCAAUGACAAGUUCUGUCCGAUGAUGCUGUUACAUACCGCCCCAGACCAUGACGGACCCUCCACCUCCAAAUCGAUCUCGCUCCAGAGUACAGGCCUCGGUGUAACGCUCAUUCCUUCGACAAUAAAAGCAAAUCCGACCAUCACCCCUGGUGAGACAAAACAGCGACUUGUCAGAGCACUAUUUGCCAGUCCUGUCUGGUCCAGCGAUGGUGGUUUUAUACCCAUAGACGACGUUAUUGCCGGUAAUGUAAGGCAGGUCCUCACCAGACAACAGGCCUACAAGCCCUCAGUCCAGCCUCUCUCAGCCUAUUGCGGACAGUCUGAGCACUGAUCUAGGGAUUGUGCGUUCCUGGUGUAACUCAGUUGUUGUUGCCAUCCUGUACCUGUCCAGCAGGUGUGAUGUUUGGAUGUUCCGAUCCCGUGCAGUUGUUGUUACACGUGGUCUGCCACUGUGAGGACGGUCAGCUGUCCAUCCUGUCUCCCUGUAGCGCUGUCUUAGGCGUUUCACAGUACGGACAUUGCAAUUUAUUGCCCUGGCCACAUCUGCAGUCCUCAUGCCUCCUUGCAGUAUGCCUAAGGCACGUUCACACAGAUGAGCAGGGACCCUGGGCAUCUUUCUUUUGGUGAUUUUCAGAGUCAGUAGAAUAGCCAAAGCAUGAAGGCGCUACCAGGAGACAGGCCAGUACAUCAGGAGACGUGGAGGAGGCCGUAGGAGGGCAACAACCCAGCAGCAGGACCGCUACCUCCGCCUUUGUGCAAGGAGGAGCACUGCCAGAGCCCUGCAAAAUGACCUCCAGCAGGCCACAAAUGUGCAUGCUCUGGACACUACGCUGACAGACACAGCAAACCUUCUUGCCACAGCUCGCGUUGAUGUGCCAUCCUGGAUGAGCUGCACUACCUGAGCCACUUGUGUGGGUUGUAGACUCCGUCUCAUGCUACCACUAGAGUGAGAGCACCGCCAGCAUUCAAAAGUGACCAAAACAUCAGCCAGGAAGCAUAGGAACUGAGAAGUGGUCUGUGGUUACCACCUGCAGAAUCACUCCUUUAUUGGGGGUGUCUUGCUAAUUGCCUAUAAUUUCCACCUUUUGUCUAUCCCAUUUGCACAACAGCAUGUGAAAUUUAUUGUCAAUCAGUGUUGCUUCCUAAGUGGACAGUUUGAUUUCACAGAAGUGUGAUUGACUUGGAGUUACAUUGUGUUGUUUAAGUGUUCCCUUUAUUUUUUUGAGCAGUGUAUGUAUGUAUGCUGAUAACUGUCAUUUUCACUGCAUAGUCAUCAUAGUCCCAAAGCACAAUCGGAGCUAAGUGUUUCACAAGACUUGACUAGGUACCACAUCAUACUUGACCAUAGUUUAAAUAAAUCAUAUUUUCUUAUGAACUCUCUGGUGCACUUCCUCCCUUUAUACUGAGUCUGAUAAAAUCUUAAAUAUAUUUUCAGAACUAUAUUUUGUAUGACUUUGUUAUCCGGUGUUAGUUUGGUAAACCUGCUAUGUAUCAUAUUUUGACUAUUUGCUGACAAUCUACAGUCCACAAAUUGAAGGUUUCAUUGUUGUUGGUGUAUGCAAAUUGUACUCUUAAUGCCGAGUUAAGAGUAGUCCGAUCAGGGGAUGAAGUGAAAUUGCUCAUUGUUUGCUGUAAAUGUUGUUUUUUUCAAAUCACAAUUUGAACUUUAAAUCACUUCCUGAAUGAAAAUGUGUUAAUGUUAACCAAAACCCUUCAACUCUGUUAGUUGUUUGCCUGCCUCUGUUAGUUUUGAGUUUUCUCCGUCUACUGUAAUGUGUCUGCAAGUUACUCGUCCUCUGCUCUCUCAAAUCUGUUUUCCUCUUAGGAUUUUUCAAAUGUAUUAUGCUCGCCUCUCCCACAGGGAUUCUUUAGUGCAAUUAACACUGGAGCAGAGGCUGAACGAAGUGUACUUUUUAGUCAGUCACAUGUCUGUCAGUAUUUUAGGUCACAAUACAAUGUACCAUCUUCUGUUUCAAUAAAGGACAUUUUGGUUAAAUUAA